AGAUCCGGUGCCGCCUUGAAGGCGGGCCUGGAUCCCAGCCGUGGCCAAUGGUUCCCCGGGUGAAGGUUGAGGGGUACAAGGUGCCUGCUAGCUGGUGGUGCGGGUUUCUUCCAGCGCGUGUGCUGGGCUACCUGGUGGUCAUGGAAGCAGGCUUGACUGAAGAGCUCGAUGAGGAGGAGCAGCUGGUGAGAAGGCAUCGCAAAGAGAAGAAGGAGUUGCAAGCCAAAAUUCAGGGUAUGAAGAAUGCUGUUCCCAAAAAUGAUAAAAAGAGGAGGAAGCAACUCACUGAAGAUAUUGCCAAGUUAGAAAAAGAAAUGGAACAGAAACAUAGAGAGGAACUGGAACAAUUGAAGCUGACUUCUAAGGAGAAUGAGAUAGAUUCUGUUGCUGUUAACAUUUCAAACUUGGUACUUGAGAAUCAGCCGCCUCGGAUAUCAAAAGCACAAAAGAGACGGGAUAAAAAAGCUGCGUUGGAAAAGGAGCGAGAAGAAAGGAUAGCUGAAGCUGAAAUUGAGAACUUAUCUGGAGCCAGACAUGUAGAAAGUGAAAAACUUAUUCAAAUAUUGGCAGCUAGACAGUUGGAAAUUAAACCGAUUCCAUCUGAUGGCCACUGUAUGUAUCGAGCCAUUGAAGAUCAGCUGAAAGAACAGCAUUGUGCUCUGAGUGUGGCUGCCUUAAGAAGCCAAACUGCUGUAUAUAUGCAAAGCCAUGUGGAAGACUUUCUGCCAUUUUUAACAAACCCUAAUUCAGGAGAUAUGUAUACUCCAGAAGAGUUUGCGAAGUACUGUGAUGAUAUUGCAAACACAGCUGCAUGGGGAGGUCAGCUUGAGCUAAGAGCUCUGUCUCACAUUUUACAAACACCAAUAGAGGUAAUACAGGCAGAUUCUCCUCCUAUUGUCGUUGGCGAAGAAUACCAAAAAAAACCAUUAAUACUUGUAUAUAUGAGACAUGCAUAUGGCUUAGGAGAACAUUACAAUUCUGUUACACAGUUGGUGAACACAGCUACUGAAAAUUGCAGCUAGUUUACAAAAUGUUACACAAUUAUGUUUUAGUACAAUGUGCUGAUCUGAGUAUUUCUACCAAGUGCUGGAUUGUUCUAAACGCUACUGAAAAACACAACUACCUUAAAUCAGUUUUAUGGCAAAGCUACUAACAGGCUUUUUAGAAAUGUGGCAGAGAUAAACUUUAAUCAAUGUCCUCUUAGUGGAAUUUUAAAAACUUAUAAAUCCAUUGUGGAGAAUAUCUUUCGUAGACCAAGAUGGUACACUAUUUGCUGAUAUUUUUAUUUAUAUAGGAUUCUAGGCAUUCUGUUCUGUGUUGUAAUAAAUUUUUGUUUUAAUUUUGUCCUCAUUUACUAAAAACUUUCAAAGUAAUUAUUUCUAUGUAAUUUUUCUUGAAGAAGUGAAAUGACUCAGUCUCUUUGUCAUUGCAAUUAUGUAGUAUGGUGAUAGCAAAUUUAAUUAAUGCUUAUAAAAUGAAUUUGAUUACAGUAACCUUGGAAUUGAUAUACUGAAGCUUUUUAUGUAGCCCCAUUGAAGUGCAGCUAAGAAGCUUGCUUUAAUAAUUAAGAGUUUAAAAAUAUUUAUUCAGAUUGGAAUUAAAGUUUAAAGAAAUGAGACAAAUUCAAAGGUAAAUAGGUGUUCCCUGUCACAUUUAAACCUCUAAAGAAUUAAAGAUUAGCCUUUUAUUUCUGUGUAACUUUAAAAAGACCUAACAGAUUACUGUCUUUUGAAUUCAUUUGUUACUCUUUACUGUUUCUCAAACUCCAGACUGGAGUUAGUACUGUCAUCCAUUGAUUUUCUUCAUAACUACAGAUUUUUAUAUUUUCUGAUGUGUUUUCUCUAUUACUACUCAGCUGCUUUGCUUCCCUUGCAGCCUUUUUCCACUAGAAGCAUUUUCUGGACUCUUUUAUUCGUUACCUUGUGCAAAUUGAGGGAGUAGCAGUGUAAUAGGGCCUAAAGCCACAUCUGCUUAAAAUUCUUUCUCUUUUCCCAUUUGUCUUAUAAGUUCUCCUUCUUUUUACUUUAUUCUCUAGGAUUAGAAGAAAACCUUUGUUACUAUUUUGUUAGCCUUAUUAAUGUCAUCUUUCCUUAACUCAAAUAUGUGAGAAUUUUUAUGUUUCAUAUUUGGAUAAAGUUGAAAGUACUGUUUGUGAGCCAAGACCUAUAUAGUGAAAUCAGUAUACAGUGGUUUUCUGUGUGAAUGAUUUAUCUAACUCGGAUUUCAGGUUACUCAUAACAGUAUUCUUUCUAAGAGGGUAGUACCCAUAUAAACAAGGGUGUUUGAUAAUCUCUUAUGUAAGGAAGUAUUAUGAAAAUGAGACCUUUUUGGUUUGAUCUAUUUUUCCUGAAUUAGAAAUAUAACUAGUAAGAUUUAACAUUAAGUUUAUAAUAUUUGGAUUUUCACUCCAUGAGCACAACUAAUUUUUGUAAGUAAAUAUUGGGUUUAUAAUAUUAAAAAUGGACUAUCAGUCUCACAUGCCCAAUAGGUGACAACGUGGGAAGCUGGUAGGACUGUGAUCAGCUAGAUAAACUGAAGGCAUUCCAAUUCAAGAGGUUAAAAACCAUUUUGCCUGCUAUACAAAAUAUAUUCUGUAGUCUGCCAUUUUGUAAUCCUUGAUCUGGAUUUUUGGGGAUCUGAAAUUUAUAAAAGAAUGAAAUUGCAAAAUACUAAACACUUUGGAUUUAUUUUCAUGUCAUCUGUUACUUUAAAAUUAAAAUAUCAGCAUUAAAAAGUAAUAAUACAAGAUAUCAUGAAACCUAGUUACUAUAAACUUCUAAAUCUAAAGUAUUCCAAAAUAACUUAUUGGUAGCUUUUUUUUCCUAACAAGACAAGAUAGAAUUUUCUUGAUUAUAUUUUAUUUUUUAUUUUUGUUAUUUUAAAAAACUUUAAAUGGCUAAUAUGAUUAUAAGCAAGAUUUGUGUGGUGAGCUUCUGUUGUUUCAUAAAACUUCAGAUAAAUAUUUUAGUUAUGAGUUAAAAAAAUCUUUAAAAAAAGGCAGAUGUUAAUUUAAAAGCAGCAUAUACUAAUUUAGUUUGCUGUAUGAUGAUGGACUAAUGAAAGUUACUUAAGUUCUCUUUUGUCUUAACUCAGAGAAGUAUAUGUCAGAGUUCUGGAUUAUGUCUUUAGCCAAAAAUUUUAUCCACUAAAUUAUGUUUACAACUUCUAUAAAGCAAAAAAGAAUGUGUAUAACUA